AAAAGAAUGGGUCUAUUUUUAUCAAAAUUAACGACUCUGUUCGAGUCUUUUUCUUCUGGAUCACCAGCUAGAAUUGUAAUGCUUGGUUUAGAUGCUGCAGGAAAAACAACGAUUUUGUACAAGAUUAAACUAAAUGAGAACGUAUGCACCAUUCCUACCAUCGGAUUUAAUGUGGAGACUGUGUCCCCAGUAAAGGGCGUGUCCUUUACGGUAUGGGACAUCGGGGGUCAGGACAAGAUCAGACCACUGUGGAAAUACUACUUCCAAAACACAGAGGGCUUAGUGUAUGUGGUGGACAGCAACGACAGAGAAAGAAUUGCAGAGUCACGUGAAGAACUGUUUGGAAUUCUACAAUAUGACGAAAUGAGGGGAGUUCCAGUGAUGAUAAUUGCUAACAAGCAAGAUCUUCCAAACGCUCUAAAUACCUCUCAGGUGGCAGAAAUGAUGUGUUUGCACAAAAUAACGUCACGAAAAUGGUUCAUCCAGUCCGCAUGUGCAACAACGGGCGAGGGAAUCUAUGAGGCCAUGCAAGAAUUAUCAACUAUGGUCAAAGACUACAAGAAAGCACUCAAAUAAAUCCCGGUCAUCAAUAUCUCUAUCAGAGCCAUCAAAAUGUCUUCCUAUGAAAGCUACCCGUGUGUAUGCUAUCAGCUG